AUGUUCUCGAAAGUCGAGCUGAACAAACUCUGGCCUUCCAAAAUGGACGAAAAUUCAAUCGCUCUCCGCAGUACAGCCAACAAUAACUUCUGCCGCAUACGAUAUAUUCCUGCUCUCCCUUACUAUCUUAGCGCAGACGUCCCGAUUAUAACCAAGGAAGCCAUAAUCAAAGUGGAAGAGCCCGUGCUGGGACGGAAGAUCUACAAUGUGGUGUAUCAGAUGGAGUAUGCUCGGAUUUUCAACGAGGCGCCUUAUUUGGCAGGCUCGGCCACGCUUAUUAAUGACAAAGAUGACAUGGCUUCGAUGCAAGCAUUGGUUUCGUAUACAGACGAGAGAUCAUACACUUUUAGCCGGAGCCUGUCGCUGAGUGCGGGGGUCAGCACCACCAUCGAAGCGGGCGUGCCCUUCAUUGAGAAGGCGUCGAUUACGGUGAGUUAUGGGAUAAGUGGGACAUUCCAGUGGGAGGAAACGACAACAACGACGAAGAUGGUUCAAGCGAGUGCUACGGUUCCUGUGCCGGGGAGGACUAGUGUGACGCUUGAUUAUGUGGGAACGAGAGGGACUUGCAAUAUUCCUUAUUAUUACACUCAGGAGGAGAAGAGUUCUGCUGAUGCCCAGAUUUCUUAUGCUGAUUUGGUUGAUGGUAUUUACACUGGCGUCAAUUAUUACAACUUCAACUUUCAUGUUAGAGAUACCAAGUCACUUUGA